AAGUUCCUCAUCCGUACCCUCUUAUGUACAAUCUCUCUUCACUCUCAGAGCUUUCACUUUGAGAGCUCUUCAUCAACAGGCGAAGGACCCGGAAACGAAGAUCGAUAGAUUCCUACGAGUAUUGUAAAGCAUGGGGAGAGCGCCUUGCUGCGAUAAAGACGGGAUCAAGAAAGGCCCCUGGACACCGGAGGAAGAUCAGAAGCUCGUCGAUUAUAUCCAGAAGCACGGCUACGGGAACUGGAGGACCCUUCCCAAGAAUGCAGGGUUGCAACGGUGUGGUAAGAGCUGUCGACUACGUUGGACGAAUUAUCUACGACCCGAUAUCAAGAGGGGGAAGUUCUCCAUGGAAGAAGAAGAGAUGAUUAUUCAACUCCAUAGCAUACUUGGAAAUAAGUGGUCUGCCAUUGCUGCUCGCUUGCCGGGAAGGACCGACAAUGAGAUCAAGAAUUAUUGGAAUACCCGUAUUAGGAAGAGGCUUCUUCACAUGGGAAUCGACCCUGUGACUCAUAGCCCUCGCCUCGAUCUCCUUGACCUAUCCUCAAUCCUUAACAACACUCCCCUCUACAGCUCCCCCCAAAUGAGCCACCUUUCGAGCUUCCUCGGGCCCCAGACCCUAGUUAAUCCAGAAAUAUUAAGGCUCGCUUCCUCUAUCGUAUCUCCUCACGUAGAAAACCCGAACUGCCUUCCUCAAAAUUUUCAACAGAACCAAUAUCACCAACUGCUGAUCCAAGACCAGCUCCACGCACCACCAAUUCAAGAAUUUCCGACUUGUGUGCCGUCUUCUAAUAAUGAAGCUUCACAAGUCAUGGAGCGUAAUGUGGAUGAGUAUCGGGAUCCUCUGGCAGCUUACAACAAUGGUUAUUACUAUGUUCCUGAAAAGAAUUACGAGACCCCUAAUCCCCUCCAAGGAAAUAGCUUUGCUCCAGUUUUAUCAGCAGCAACGAAUUCAUCAAGCUCAACACCUGGAAAUUCGAAUUCACCAUGCAUCACCGGAGGUGGCAGCAUCGAAGAUGAGAGAGAAAGCUAUUGCAGCAACUUGUUGAAUUAUGAAAUAAUACCGGAUCUGUUGGAUAUGAAUUCAUGUAAUGAGAUCCGACAACUUAUCGGAGACUCUGAAUAUUUGGGUCCAUGGAACAUUCAAUCGUGUUGAUAGAUAUUUGUAAUUGCUCUUUUUAAUUAGUCAUGAAAAUGAUUCAUUUAAGCAA